AUGCCAUCUAGGAAGCGCCUAGAGAACAAAGCCCGUCGUCGGCGCAAUCCCGUUCAGCUCAAUGAUUUCUUGCGCGGCGAUGAGGAGCCAAUUCAAAUCAUAACACCAAUAUCAUCAAAUGAAUCUCAGUCACAGACGCCGUCUACUCAAAAUGCCAACACAAGCUCCAUAGGCACCAUCCCAUCGAAGGGCCUGUUCGAAAGCGAUGUGACUCCCGUUAUGACACCCACACCGCAGUCCGACACUUACCAACCAACUGUUAAUGUCUGGCGCUCACCCAAGGAAACCACUCAGCCCGAAGCUAACUAUAAUGUGAGUGCCGAGGAGUAUCCGGAUUUGGGCAAGCGUUUGAAGAGAGCCAAGCCACCAACGCCGACGAUGACAAAUCUGGAGAACGGCGCCACUGGCUCGCGCCUUCGCAGUCGUCGUAGUCGCAUAAUAGAUCCGCCUGUGCUGGCCAACUUUUUGCCGGAUUCCGUGCUCCCGACGUCAAGCAACAGCAAGCAGCAAUCUGUGGCCAACUGGCUAUCGUCAGUACGUUCUAGCGAAAGCCAUAACACUGCCAACGACCAGGCCAGCUGCUCUUUUUCGAACAAGAUAACACUGCUGAGAAGGGAUUCAGCCCAGGCGCUCGGGCAAAAAAGUGCUGCCCAGUCCUCCCCGAAGGAGAAACAUACCGAACAGCAGCAGCAGAAUACUCCAGCUGAAGCCCAAGAGCAGCAGAAUACUUCACCUGAAGUCCAAGAGCAGCAGACAAUUCCGGCUAGUGCUGUCAAGCAUCAGCAGAACACAACUAAUAAUUCUUCAACGCCGCAGCAGAAGAGUUUUGUCAGUUCUUUACAGCAGCAGAAAAGAAGCGGCGCAAGAUCUCUCCCGCAGGAGCAGAAGAAAUCUUCUGGCAAUCUUACUCAACAACAGCAGAAGAGUUCUGUCAGUUUUUUGCAGGAGCAGAAAGAAAGCCCCGCAAGAUCUUUCCCACAGGAGCAGAAGAAAUCGUCCGGCAAUCUUGCUCAACAACAACAGAAGAGUUCUGUCAGUUCUUUACAGCAGCAGAAAGAAAGAUCUUUCUCACAGGAGCAGAAGAAAUCUUCCGGCAAUCUUACCCAACAACAACAGAAGCGUUCUGAAAGUUCUAGACAACGGCAGCAGAAGAUAAUAUCGCCUGGCAAACUGCAACAGCAGCAACAGAAGAGUCCCGCCAAUACCGUAGGGAAUCAGAAAAAGCGAAAGUCUCCUGGCAUUCAGCAAGCCAGGCAACAACAAAUGAGCCCACGAAGUUCUUUCCAGCAGGAGCAGCACAAAUCUUCGGGCGGCACACUCACAGAGCAGCAGCAGCAGCCAAAGAGUCUUGCGAAAACAUUGAAGCAUCAGCCGAAAAGUCCGAGAAACUCUGUUCAGCAGCAGCAACAUCACGUAGCCCAUAGUAAUCAGAGUCGGUCGCAGUCAGCGAGACCUGUCAAGCCCAUUCAUUCGCGCCCAAAGAGCCAAAAUGCUCCUGUUACAAACAACUUCUCUGUGUCAAGCCGUCAACCCACCGAUGAGCGCAUCCAGCAGCCCACUCAAUGUUCGGGUCCCAGCAAUGUCAAUGAUGUGGACGCGGAAGUUGUGCCGCCGACGCCAAACAGCCAAAGGGAGAGAAUGCCGAGAAGAUUUCCACGGCGCGGCAACAACCGGCGGGUGGUGCGCAGUCUGCAGGCGUUCACUCGAGAGUUCACGCAGUCCUCGCCGGAGGCAUCGCCAGAGGGAUUGCCGGUGGGAUCGCCAGAGGGAUUGCCGGAGGGAUCGCCAGAGGGAUUGCCGGAGGGAUCGCCAAAGGGAUUGCCAGAGGUAUUGCCGGAGCGAUCGCCGGAGGGAUCGCCAGAGGGAUCGCCAGAAGUAUUGCCAGAGGGAUCGCCAGAAGUAUUGCCAGAGGGAUCGCCAGAGGUAUUGCUAGAGGAAUUGCUGGAGGAGUCGCCAGAGGAACUGCCAGAGGAGUCGCCAGAGCAAGAGGUGGUGCUGUGCGAGCAUCAUGAGCAACUGCAACAGGUGAAGAGCUUACCAGAAAACCAAGCGAACUGCCGCAUGCAGCAAUUGGCUAUGCACAGCGCGUUGAACUCAGAUGCCCUGGAGUUCCGCCCUGCGGUAAGGCGUGAGGCCGGAGGAUCCAGUCAACGUGUCCAAGUGUCCCGAUUGAGCCGAAGACGUCGCCGCCAGCGUUUUUUGCGCUCUUUACACGUGGAAGCAUUGCUCCCGUCAUACGAGCUAGAACCAAGCGAGCCACUGCGACCCGUGUGCCACGUGCCUGACUGCUGCUAUUACAGUGGCCCACCACCAACGGUAAUCACUCCUGAGAUAGUUCAACCGCCGUCUCCACAACGACUGCCAGUCACCGUACCGAUCCAACCCAUGAUGCCACCGACAACGAUCGAGGUGAAUACCACCAGCAAUCCGCCGCCCGUGGUCUUCUAUAAUCCGCAGUCGGGGAAUUUGUGGAGCAAUCCAUCACCAUAUAUGCCCAUUGAAAUCGAAAACAACAGGGUCAGCCAGUCGGUUUUUCGGCUUGCCAGCCUCCCGUGCACUGGGGUGGGCACCCCCAAUACGGAUUCCUUUACCAGCUGGCCACCCCCCAGCCAGCACCACAGCCCCAGCCGCCUCCCAUCCAGUAUUUCGGGUCCCAGCCAGUUCUCGCAUACUCUCAGUACGCCGCCGCUGAAGCAGCACCGCCAGCAGCACCAAAAAUUGUCGCCAUCAAUCAUCCACCAGGACGAGGACCUAUUGUACAGCAGGUCUCUGUUGGAUAUGGACCGGGAGGAGACCCAGUGGGAGCAGCAGGGCCAGGAAUGGCAAUGGGAGUCGCCGCAGGAGUCCUCCCGGUUCCAGUCGCAGCCGCUGGCGCAGCCACAGGUCGUCGACGACGUACACGGCGUGCCAAACGCCGCCGUCGCUAAGGACGCAGGACCACCGCUCGAGCGUCACAAGAUAUUCCGAGCACCAUCACAGCACGGCCAGGAUUAUCCCAAGCCGGAUCUUAACUGCGUGCCGUCCAGCAUCAAGAAGCUACAUCGUCUAAUUUCGUCGCAUUAUUCCGACUAUUCAUUUGUCUACGCCAUCAGUGCUCAGCUCAGUCAGGAUUGUGUGCCCAUGGAUUGCUAUGUGUACCUGAAGAUGGUACUGCUGGCCAGUAUCGUUUCAAUCGAAUCCGAUGAGGUGCGGGCUCCAAUUUCGCUAUGCAUCAUCGCCACCGACACCCUGAUGGCCAAUCGUCUGAUGAACAAAGUUGGCCAACUGGCUCCACGCUACCUGGGACCUCACGACUACGGACUGCAGCCCACCUUCAGUGCUUUGCCCACCCGCUUCAAUUGGAUAGUGGCCAGUCCUUUACUAUUAGCUCAGCAGGGUGUUUACUACGCCGGCGAUUGGACUCGUCUGUCCAAGGAGCAGGGUUGCCAACUGGAGAAGUGCAUCGAAAAUGGAGCGGUCCCAGUGCCGCAGUUGCACAUCGAUCAGCCCUUGGAGGCAGCCGUUUGGACCCACUGGCAGCCUGACAACUCCAGCAAUCAGACACAGGCCCUCGCCAAAUUGUGCCCAAUCUUCGGGCUGCCCAUUUAUAUGGGUGCUCAGGUGAACAAGAGUCUCUGGAACUUUAUAAUCCAGCAGCACAGCGCUGAGGGACAAAAUGUGGUUAACGACGGCUUGAACAUUCCCGAGGACGACAUGCGCAUGCUUAUCCAUCUGUUGCACCAGCGCAAGACCACCCUAACCGAUGGCGCCCAGCACAUGCUGCAAAAGUAUUACGUGAUCUCCAGGAAAGAGCGACCGACUGUCUUCUCCAGCAAGACGUAUAUAGUGCUGAAACAAUUUGCCGAGUGCUUUGCCAAACUGGCGCUGCGUCUGGAGGUCCUUGAAUCGGACGUUUGUGUGGCCAUCUUCCACUGCGAGCAUUUCGUGCAGAGCAUAUUUGGGGCCAAGGAAAACCAGGCACCGCCGGCGGUGAUCAAUUUCAAUGUGAUCUCCUGCAUCGAUCCGUACAUGAACGAGUUUGCACGCUGGCUGCUUCAGUAUCUGGAUAGCUACGAGGACGAAGAGCUGGGAAUUAGCGCGGCCAAGAGGCGACGCACUGAUAGCUGGGACAUGCCCUAAACAUUUGGCAUUGAUUACGAGUCCAACUUGCCAUUGAUUUAGUAUUACUCGUAGAUUUAUAACCAUCGCACACUGGACCAGUUUUGAAUACCUUUUGUAGUUUUAUACAGAUGGAUUUACAACACGUCGUGUUUGUAAACAAAAUUGGCACUGAAGCCACACAACACUACCUCUCUAAUCUAUUCACUAUAACAAACAACACCUGAGGCGUUCAAAAGCAAAGUCUAUAUUUGUAAACAUUUGUUCUCCUCUUCCCCCUAUACCAUAUCACUUGAUUCAUUCGGUAUAUGUUUUGUGUAUAUCGCAUGAUGAUCGCGGAUAGUUCCUACACUUCUAUUCGCGAAAAUCAAGAACCAUUGUUUGUAAAAUCUUGUACCGGAUCGUUGGUAAUCGUUGAACAACGAUCUUUUUGGUAUGUUUGGGAAACCAAAUAUUUUCAAAAUUGUUUUUGAUACAAGUAUUAAAUUUAAAUGUGUGGCCACAAAUAUGUAUAACCUUUAUUUUUUUUGAUACAACAUAUUUCUACGAAAUAUGAACAAACCUGAAAAUAACUGUGAAUAAUAUAUAAAAUACAUACUUUAAGUGAAGGAUGCCAAACAAAUUAAAAACAAAUAUGAAAAGAGCUGUCGAAAAUGUCCACUUUCUAGAGAGUUUUCGAUUUUUUCUCAUUUUAAAGUCUAAGAAAAAUAUCAGUCCGUUUAAUUUGUGUUACAAAUGUCACAUUUAAAAGCCAGAAACAUUUAGAUAGUUUCUUUUUUGUAUGGUAAAUAACAAUAUAUCCACAGAAAAUAAUCAAACCUGAAA